AAAAAGGCUCUAGGGCUUCUCUCCACCUGAAAUCCGUGGUGUUUUUGCAGCUCUCCUCUCCUUUUCUCCUUUUUCUUUUCCAUUAUCUUCCGAAAAGGCCCUUCCUCUUUGGCACGGCUCCUUCAAUGCAUUGACUCCAAAUUCCUGUCAUUUCAUCUGAAUUUCAUUUGCAUUUCACAAAAAAGCCGAUUUCUCUCUUAUCAGAAAUCCGGGUUUCUCUGAGUUUCUCUUCCCCGAGCGGCGAUAUUUCUCUCUUUCAGAGCUUCUUAGCCUCUCUUCCGUCAAUCGCGAUGUUUUGUUUUUUGGGUUGAGACACGUGGAAUUAGCUGGAUCUUUCCAACUGAGGGGUGAUUAGAUGUGUGCAUGUGUCUAACCCAAGGAAGCUGAAAAUUCAAGUUUAAGGAGCCUUAUCAAAGCUUCAAUUUCCAUAGCUGUCACGUUUCAUUUCACUAGUCUUCUUGUGAGCUAUGGCAAAACCGAAUCGGGAGAUGAGAAGGGCCAUGUCGAAAAGAUCUCAUUCCUGGUGGUGGGACAGUCAUAUCAGUCCAAAGAACUCAAAAUGGCUCGCUGAGAAUCUUGAAGAGAUGGAUCAGAGCGUCAAACGGAUGCUUAAACUGAUUGAAGAGGAGGGCGAUUCAUUCGCAAAGAAGGCUGAGAUGUAUUAUCAAAAGCGGCCGGAGCUAAUCUCCCAUGUCGAGGAAUUCUACCGCAUGUACCGAUCACUCGCUGAGAGGUAUGAUCACUUGACUGGAGAAUUGCGUAAGAACAUCCCUUCUGAGCUGCAAUCUCAGGGCUCGGGCUCUGACUUUGGGUCUGAGCCGUCAUCCCCAUCUCCUACGCCUGACCAGAAGCCCACUCGGCCCAAGCCAAGGCAUCGAGCUGCUGGCUUUGAUUUCUUCCUUGGCUCUGGUGGCAGCUCUGACCUCUCUCGGAAGGGAAGUGAUGGGUCGUCAUCGUCGACAGAUUCUGAGUCCGAAUCUGAUGAAGCAUCGUCCAAGAAUCCUCUUUUGGGCAUGCUAGAGAAUGGCGGUUAUAACACUGGGCUGCAUCGGCGGAUAUCAGAGCUGGAGAAUGAACUCAAGGAUGUGAAAGAUAAGCUCCAAGCAGCACAAGAAGAGAAAUCAGGGGCCCUUUCAAAGGCUAUGGAAAAUGGGAACUAUGAUGAGUACCGCUUGAAGAUUUCCAACUUGGAACAGGAGCUUACAGCCGCAAACGAAAAGAUUCGAGUUUCAAAAGAAGAGAUUGUGAUGUUGAAGCAGGAGCUUGAGAAGAAUGAUUCUUCUGAGAGAAUCCGUAUCCUGGAGGCGGAGCUCGAAUCAUCUCUCAGCGAGAAGCAAUCAGAGGAAGCCGAGUUGGAGCUGGCCUGGAAAGAGAAGGAAUCCGAGGAGGCCCGGCUUGAACUAGCUCGAAAACAUAAUGAUUCGCUGGUGGCUGAACUUGAAUUGGAGAAGAAGCAGACAUCAGAGCUCCAAGGACGGAUUGCAAAGUUGGUGUCCGACAUUUCAGAUCGAGACCGCACGAUUCAGGAAUUGAGGGCUGCAAUUGAUGUUGCUGAUCAGAGAUUUUCUGAGGAGAAAGCUCAGCUGAAAAAUGAAGUCUCAGGUUUGUUAGGAACACAUGCAUCAAUGGAAGCAAAGCUCAGCGAGUGGGCCAUGAGGGGGCAGUUAAUGUCGGACGAGAUUGCUCAGCUUGAGGCUGAGAAGUUGGCACUGAGGUCAGAGAUCGAGCUAGCAAACGCUGAAAAUGCUGAGAGACGCAAGCGGAUGGAGGAGAUGGGCCAUGAUCUUGAUGCAGUUAGAUUGAAAUAUGACAUGAUGGUGUUGGAGAAAGAUGAAGUCUGUGCGAAGGCGCAAUCACUCGUUGCUGAGGUGAGUUCACGUGACGAUCGGAUCCGGGAGAUGGACUCUCACCUGCACCGGCUGCACAUGGAGCACGCAGAACUGAUCGCGGGGUUCGCCAAUGCCGAGAAACUGAUGGGCGAGCUGCAGGCCAGGGUGAAGGAACUGGAGGAGGAGGUGGAGAGACAGAGAAUAGUAAUCUCCGACAAUGCUGAGGGGAAGAGGGAGGCUAUCCGGCAGCUCUGCCUGUCAAUCGAGCAUUACCGCGACAGCUAUCAUGAGCUCCGACAGGCUCUGCAUGGCCACAGGCGGCCCGCCACGGUAAUGGCUGCUUGACUGUUCUGUUUUUUCUGUAAAAAUUUUAGGCCACUGGUUUUGUUUGAUCAUAGAGAACUGAUCACCUACAGCCGGAUGUAUGCUGACUUAGCAUGCAGCCCUGUUUUCCUGAACAAUGUGUCGCGUCUAGGACAUGGGACCCACACACAUUGAUCCCCACCGCGAAGAUCGUGAUUAGAGAAUCGUUCUGGUCCACUCAUUAAUUGGCCACAGCUAUGUUGAUCGAUGCAGUAGGCCGUCGAUUUAUUCCAGUGGUUCGGCUUGCCUGGUUUUUGUAUGAGGUGUUUGUCAUGGCGGGGCCCACUGUUUGAAUGGCCUAGAUGUCCUGCAGGAGUGGCGCAUUGGUAAGAAAGAUUGGGUUGGCUGUAGGUGAUUUUAGUUUGUGUUUGAAAAUGUAUGCGGAAUCUGCUUUUUCUUCAGAUGUGUGUUUUGCUACCGUUGGAUUUGGUGGGUUGUAUUUUGUUAGUUAUAUGUAUAGAAACAUCUUUUUAUUUA